AAAAACCCCAACAAAAAACAAGAUACCGGUGGUGAAGAAAGAAACGGGAAAAGGAGGAGGAAGAGGAGGAUCAGACGGAAAACACACUGGGACGAGACGAACAGUGCACCAUUCUGCUGUAUUGCCCUGAACACCACAGAUGCUUCAGAGUAAGGCUCCCCCCUGCAUCACACCUUCAAGCCCAGUUUUGGAAUCAGAGAAGACAAUGACAACACGUGGUGGUCCAUCAGGCCCAAUCAGCUGCUAGAACGGUUCAACAAGUUGGUGGACUCUGACGACCCGGCUCUACGGCCCUUUUUCCCAGACUCUCUCUUCCUGACUCCGCCCCUCUCUCUCUCUCUCUCUCUCUCUCUCUCUCUCUCUCUGUCUUGGCAUCUGUCUUUCUUUCUCUGUCGUCCCUCUGUCCCUCUUUUUGUCUGUCUAUGCAGCAUGCCUUUAUGUUUGCUCGCAGCACCAGCAGAAGCAUUAUGGAAGUGAAAGAGCGACGUCCGUACUGCUCACUCACCAAGAGCCGCAAGGACAAGGACGGCCCUUACACUGGUUCAUCCGGUGACAGUGAAGACUGUGCUAUCAGUGCCCAGGGGCUCCGGGUUCCCACCCAGAAGUCCUACUCCUCCAGUGAGACGCUGAAGGCCUUCGACCAGCACCAAGACCAGACCAGGUUACUGUAUGGGACGACCAAGGGACACAAGGACAUGGUGCACCGUGAACAGGAUGAUUAUAACAGACAAGGUCAGCACUUCAGUCUUCGUCAGCUGGGGAUCUGCGAGCCGCCGGCGCGUCGCGGCCUGGCGUUCUGCUCUGAAAUGGGCCUCCCCCACCGCGGCUUCUCGGUGGGCACCUGCCAGGACGUGGACCCGGACAGCCAGGCCGUGAUGUCCCCGGAGCGGGCCAUGAGGCUGUGGGGCCGCGGGGGUCUGGGGAAGUCCUCGGGGAGGAGCUCCUGCCUGUCCAGCCGCUCCAACUCGGUGCUGACCCUGACGGACACGGAGCACGAGAACAAGUCGGACAGCGACAACGAGCAACCGUCCAAUCACCACGGCACCACCCUGCCUCCCGUGCCGCCCCCUCACCGCCAGCAGCCCUCCAUAACAGCUCUAAACCAGUCCCUGGGCUCCACGCACCACGCUGGCCAUACCCUGAACUCAACCCGGCAGCUAACCCCUCCUACUGGAAGCCCGGCCCCAGUGGCUGGCCAAUCACCAGCCGAGCUGCAGACCACGCCCCCCGAGAGCGUCCCGCUGCAAGACAGCUGGGUGCUGGGUAGCAAUGUGCCUCUGGAAACAAGGCACUUCCUCUUUAAGACAGGUACAGGCACCACCCCCCUCUUCUCCACGGCGACUCCUGGAUACACUAUGGCAACAGGAUCAGUGUAUUCUCCGCCCACCAGGCCGUUGCCAAGGAAUACCCUGUCCCGCUCUGCCUUCAAAUUCAAGAAAUCCUCCAAGUACUGCUCAUGGAGGUGUACAGCCCUCAGUGCAGUUGGACUGUCAGUGCUGCUCUCCGUCCUGCUCUGUUACUGCAUAGCUAUGCACCUGUUUGGUCUAAACUGGCAGCUUCAGGAGAGCGAGGGAUAUGGAGCAUUCGAAAACGGAGGAGGGGGAAGAGAUACCACUCCCAACACCAUUAUGGUGUCGACAGACAAUGGAAAAAUGUUUCUUCUAGAAAACAACACCAUAGAUACAGGAGAGGUGGAUGUGGGGAGACGAGCCAUACAAGAUGUUCCACCAGGUGUGUUCUGGAGGUCCCAGCUGUACAUCGAUCAACCGCAGUUCUUGAAAUUUAACAUCUCGGUCCAGAGAGACGCUCUGGUCGGGGUUUAUGGACGCAAAGGCCUCCCGCCAUCACACACACAGUAUGACUUUGUGGAGCUUCUGGACGGCAGUCGCCUCAUAUCCAAAGACAAGCGCGCCCUCAGCGACGCAGACGCCAGCCACGCGCACUCGGCCGCCACGCACGAGGAGGAGUCGGCCGGCGGCGCCCGCCACGCCCGCUCGGUCAACGUCCACGAGGCCGGGUUCAUCCAGUACCUGGACACCGGCAUCUGGCACCUGGCCUUUUACAACGACGGACGCAACACUGAGCAAGUGUCCUACAACACCAUCAUGAUCGAGUCGAUUAUGGAGUGUCCUCAGAAUUGUCAUGGAAACGGAGAAUGUCUCUCAGGAAUAUGCCACUGUUUCCCGGGAUUUCUGGGGCCAGACUGCUCUCGAGCUGCCUGUCCGGUGUUGUGCAGCGGUAACGGUCAGUACUCGCGCGGCCGCUGUCAGUGCUACAGCGGGUGGAAGGGCACCGAGUGUGACGUCCCGGCCAACCAGUGCAUCGACAUCCACUGUGGAGGACACGGCAUCUGCAUCAUGGGAGCCUGCAUCUGCAAUACUGGCUACAAGGGCGACAACUGUGAGGAAGUGGACUGCAUAGACCCCAGUUGUUCAGCCCACGGCGUGUGCAUUCAUGGGGAGUGUCACUGUCAGCCGGGCUGGGGCGGAGCCAGCUGCGAAAUUGCCAAGGCCAUGUGUCCGGACCAGUGUUCAGGCCACGGCACCUACAACGCAGAGACCAGCACCUGCACCUGUGACCAGAACUGGACCGGGCCCGACUGCUCUUUAGAGGUGUGUGAAGUGGACUGUGGCAGCCACGGCGUGUGUUACGGCGGAGUGUGUCGCUGCGAGGAGGGCUGGACGGGCAGCGUGUGCGACCAGAAGGCCUGUCACCCGCUAUGCAGCAAGAACGGCGUCUGUAAGGAGGGCAAGUGUGAGUGUGACCAGGGAUGGACGGGGGAGCACUGUAAUAUCGCUCACAAUCCGGACAUUAGAGUAAAAGGAUAUAAAGAGGGUUGUCCGGGCCUCUGCAACAACAACGGACGAUGCACCCUCGAGGCCAGCGGCUGGCACUGCAUCUGCCAAUCGGGAUGGAGAGGGGCCGGAUGUCACGUCGCCAUGGAGACGCUCUGCACCGACGGCAAGGACAACGAAGGAGAUGGCCUGGCUGACUGUAUGGACCCAGACUGUUGUUUGCAGCCGUCCUGUCAGAACCAACAGUACUGCAAAGGCUCACCUGACCCGGUGGAGGUGCUCAGCCAGUCUCCGUCGUCAUUGGCUCCUCAGCAGGCGGCCAGGUCUUUCUACCAGCGUAUCCACUUCCUGGUCGGUCCUGAAUCCACUCAUGUCAUCACUGGAGAGAGUCCGUUCAACAGAAGCUUGGUGUCAAUAAUCCGAGGUCAGGUGUUAACAGCUGAUGGAACGCCGCUAAUUGGAGUCAACGUGACGUUCGUUCACUAUCCUGAACACGGAUACACGGUGACACGCAAGGAUGGCAUGUUCGACCUUCUCGCCAACGGUGGAGCCUCCCUGACGCUGAGUUUUGAGCGCGCUCCGUUCCUCACCCAGUACAGGACGGUGUGGGUGCCGUGGAACGUCUUCUACGUCAUGGACACGCUGGUCAUGAAGAAAGAGGAGAAUGACAUCCCCAGCUGUGAUCUGAGCGGCUUCAUCAGACCCAACCCCGUCAUCGUGGCUUCUCCUCUGUCCACGUUUCACAGAGGCUCAACGGAGGACGGGCCCAUCAUACCUGAAACACAGGUCUUACAAGAAGAAACCACCAUACCUGGAAGCGACCUGAACCUGGUCUACCUGAGCUCCAGAGCCGCAGGAUACAAACCUGUUCUCAAAGUCACCAUGACGCAGUCCACCAUCCCCUUCAACCUGAUGAAGGUUCACCUGAUGGUGGCGGUAGUGGGGAGACUCUUCCAGAAAUGGUUUCCUGCUCAGCCAAACCUGUCCUACACCUUCAUCUGGGACAAGACGGACGCUUACGGCCAGCGGGUCUACGGGCUGUCUGAGGCAGUGGUGUCCGUUGGGUUUGAGUACGAGUCCUGCCUGGACCUGAUCCUGUGGGAGAAGAGAACCGCCGUUCUCCAAGGCUACGAGCUGGACGCGUCCAACAUGGGAGGCUGGAUGUUGGAUAAGCACCACAUCCUGGACGUACAGAACGGUAUCCUGUACAAGGGCAACGGAGAGAACAUUUUCAUAUCCCAUCAGCCACCUGUCAUCAGCAGCAUUAUGGGAAACGGGCGUCGCCGCAGCAUCUCGUGCCCCAGCUGUAACGGGCAGGCGGAGGGCAACAAGCUGCUGGCGCCCCUGGCCCUGGCCUGUGGAGCAGAUGGAAGCAUCUUUGUGGGAGACUUCAACUACAUCAGGAGAAUCUUCCCCUCCGGGAAUGUGACCAGUGUCAUGGAGCUUAGAAACAAAGAUUUCAGACAUAGCAACAACCCGGCUCACCGCUACUAUUUGGCAACUGACCCAGUAACGGGGCAGCUGUAUGUGUCAGACACCAACUCACGCCGGAUCUACCGCCCCAAGAUGCUCAGCGGCGCCCGCGACCUCAUUAGUAAUGGAGAAGUGGUGGCCGGAACAGGCGAACAGUGUCCUCCGUUUGACGAAGCCCGAUGUGGAGAUGGAAGAAAAGCCACCGAGGCUCAGCUGCUCGGACCUAAAGGGAUCGCGGUCGAUAAGAACGGUCUGAUCUACUUUGUGGACGGGACUAUGAUCAGGAAAGUCGACCGCAACGGCAUCAUCUCCACAGUACUGGGCAGCAACGACCUGACCUCUGCACGACCUCUGACCUGCGAUACCAGCAUGCACAUCAGACAGGUUCGUUUGGAGUGGCCCACGGAUCUGGCCAUCAAUCCCAUGGAUAACUCCAUCUACGUGUUGGACAACAAUGUAGUGCUUCAGAUCACUGAGAACAGACAGGUGCGGAUCGUGGCGGGUCGUCCCAUGCACUGCCAGGUUCCCGGCAUCGAGUACACCAUGGGGAAGAGGGCCGUUCAGACCAUGCUGGAGGGAGCCACGGCCAUCGCUUUGUCCUACAGCGGCGUCCUCUACAUCGCAGAGACGGACGAAAAGAAAAUCCACCGCAUCCGACAGGUGUCAACUGAUGGAGAAAUCACCCAUCUAGCUGGAGCGCUGUCAGAAUGUGACUGCAAGAAUGACGCCAACUGCGACUGCUACCAAACAGGAGACGGGUACGCCAAAGACGCCAGACUCAACUGUCCGUCUUCGCUGGUGGUGUCUCCGGACGGGACGUUGUACGUGGCUGACCUGGGAAACAUCCGAAUCCGAGCCAUAAGACGCAACCAACCGCCUACUGGUUCUUUAGCUUCAGGUCCCAGCUCCUAUGAAGUGGCCUCUCCGGCGUCUCAGGAGCUGUAUGUGUUCGACACUAACGGAACGCACCAGUUCACCAUGUCGCUGGUCACUGGGGACUACAAAUACAACUUCAGCUACAGCAACGAGGAGGAUGUAACGGCAGUGACAGACAGCAGCGGGAACACCCUUCGCAUCCGCAGAGAUACCAACAGGAUGCCGGUUCGCGUCGUUGCCCCGGACAAUCAGGUCAUCUGGCUGACAAUCGGGACCAACGGGGGCUUAAAGACUCUCACGGCACAGGGUCAGGAGCUGGUGUUGUUUAGUUACCACGGCAACAGUGGUCUGCUGGCAACCAAGAGCAUCCAAAUCGGCUGGACGACCUUCUAUGACUACGACAGCGAGGGUCGUCUGACUAAUGUGACCUUCCCCACCGGAGUGGUGACCAAUCUCCACGGCGACAUGUCGUCAGGGGCCGUUGCCGUGGACAUUGAAACGUCAGGGAGGGAUGAGGAUGUUUCCAUAACAACCAACCUGUCAUCAAUAGACUCCUUCUACACGCUGGUUCAGGACCAGCUUCGAAACAGCUACCAGGUGGGGAACGACCACUCCCUGAGGGUUAUCUACGCCAACGGGAUGGACACGCACUACCAGACCGAGCCCCAUAUACUGGCAGGUGCCGCAAAUCCAACUGUAGCCCGACGCAACAUGACACUGCCAGGGGAGAACGGCCAGAACCUGGUGGAGUGGAGGUUCAGGAAGGAGCAGACACGAGGGAAAGUCAUCGUCUUUGGGAGAAAACUCAGGGUCAACGGCAGAAACCUGUUGUCUGUGGAUUACGACCGCUCGCUGCGAACAGAGAAAAUUUACGACGACCACAGGAAGUUUCUGUUGAAGAUCAUCUACGACACUCAGGGCCACCCGACGCUGUGGGUUCCCAGCAGUAAACUCCUGUCUGUGAACCUGACCUACUCCAGUACUGGGCAGGUGACAGGCCUACAGAGGGGUCCCACCACAGAGAAGUGGGAGUACGACAACCAGGGCCGAAUCAUCUCCAGAGUCUUCGCCGACGGAAAGACGUGGAGCUACACUUAUCUGGACAAGUCCAUGGUGUUGCUUCUGCACAGCCAGCACCAGUACAUCUUCGACUACGACUCCGGAGACCGUCUGUCUGCGGUGACGAUGCCCAGCGUGGCCCGACACACCAUGCAGACCAUCAGGUCCAUCGGCUACUACCGGAACAUCUACACCCCCCCAGAGAGCAACGCCUCGGUCACAGUGGACUACUCUGAAGACGGACAGCUCCUCAGAGUGGCUCAUCUGGGCACCGGACGGCGAAUACUGUACAAGUACCGCAGACAGAACAAACUGGCGGAGAUCCUGUACGACUCCACGCGCGUCAGCUUCACCUACGACGAGACCGCCGGCGUCCUGAAGACGGUCAACCUGCAGAGCGAGGGCUUCAUCUGCUCCAUCCGAUACCGGCAGAUCGGACCGCUGGUCGACCGGCAGAUAUUUCGCUUCAGCGAGGACGGGAUGGUCAACGCGCGCUUCGACUACACCUACGACAACAGCUUCAGAGUCACCAGCAUGCAGGCCGUCAUCAACGAAACGCCGCUGCCCAUCGACCUGUAUCAGUUUGACGACAUAUCGGGGAAGGUGGAGCAGUUCGGGAAGUUCGGGGUCAUCUACUACGAUAUCAAUCAGAUCAUCUCCACGGCGGUGAUGACCUACACCAAGCACUUCGACCAGCACGGCCGCAUUAAGGAGAUCCAGUACGAGAUCUUCAGGUCUCUGAUGUACUGGAUCACCAUCCAGUACGACAACAUGGGCAGGGUCACCAAGAGGGAGAUCAAGAUCGGGCCGUUCGCCAACACCACCAAGUACGGCUACGAGUACGACGUGGACGGUCAGCUGCAGACGGUCUUCCUCAACGAGAAGAUGAUGUGGAGGUAUAACUACGACCUGAACGGGAACCUGCACCUGUUGAACCCUGGGAACAGCGGUCGCUUAACCCCUCUGCGCUACGAUCUGAGAGACAGAAUCACUCGUCUGGGAGACGUCCAGUACAGACUGGAUGAGGACGGUUUCCUCCGACAGAGAGGAGCAGAGAUAUUUGAGUACAACUCCAAAGGUCUUCUGGUCCGUGUGUACAGUAAAGCCGCCAGCUGGACCAUCCAGUACCGUUACGACGGUCUGGGUCGGCGCGUGGCCUCCAGGAACAGUCUGGGUCAGCACCUGCAGUUCUUCUACGCCGACCUGAACUACCCCACCAGGAUCACCCACGUCUACAACCACUCCAGCUCCGAGAUCACGUCCUUCUACUACGACCUGCAGGGUCACGUGUUCGCCAUGGAAAUCAGCAGUGGAGAGGAGUUUUACAUUGCAUGCGAUAACACCGGGACUCCUCUGGCGGUCUUCAGCAACAACGGACUCCUGCUUAAACAGGUGCAGUACACGGCGUACGGCGAGGUUUAUUUCGAUUCCAACCCAGACUUCGUGCUGGUAAUUGGUUUCCACGGCGGCCUGUACGAUCCUCUGACACGACUGCUGCAUUUCGGAGACAGAGACUACGACAUCCCUGCUGGGAGGUGGACGACUCCUGACAUCAGCACCUGGACGCGAGUUGGAAAAGACCCGCAGCCGUUCAACCUCUACAUGUUCAGAGGCAACAACCCCAUCAGCAAAGUCCACCAGGUCAAAGAAUACGUCACAGACGUGAACAUCUGGUUGGUCACAUUUGGUUUCCAUCUUCACAACGCUAUCCCAGGAUUCCCCAUUCCUAAGUUCGACUUGACGCAGCCGUCACUGGAAAUGAAAAAGAGCCAGCUGUGGGACGACCUGCCUGCCAUCUCCGGUGUUCAGCAGGAGGUGACCCGUCAGUCCCGGGCCUUCCUGUCCUUUGAGCGAAUGCCAGAGAUUCAGCUGAGCCGGCGUCACUCGGACCACACCAAACCCUGGCUCUGGUUCGCCACCGUCAAGUCUCUGAUUGGGAAGGGGGUGAUGCUGGCGGUGAUCCAAGGCCGCGUGGUCACCAACGCCCUCAACAUCGCCAACGAGGACUGCAUCAAAGUGUCGGCGGUCUUAAACAACGCCUUUUACCUGGAAGAUCUGCACUUCACUGUGGAGGGCCGAGACACGCAUUACUUCAUCAAGACCAGCCUUCCAGAGAACGAUCUCAGCGCCCUGCGACUCACCUCUGGACGCAAGUCUCUGGAAAAUGGUGUCAACGUCACCGUGUCUCAGUCCACGACGGUGAUGAACGGGCGAACGCGGCGCUUCGCAGAUGUGGAGCUGCAGUACGGGGCUCUGGCACUUCACGUACGUUACGGGACGACGCUGGACGAAGAGAAAGCGCGCAUCCUGGAACACGCCCGCCAGAGGGCGCUGUCCAACGCCUGGGCCCGCGAACAGCAGCGAGUCAGAGACGGCGAGGAGGGGGUCCGGCUGUGGACGGAGGGCGAGAAGAGGCAGCUGCUCAGCAGCGGGAAGGUUCUGGGCUACGACGGAUACUACGUCCUGUCCAUAGAGCAGUACCCCGAGCUCGCCGACAGCUCCAACAACAUCCAGUUCCUCCGCCAGAGCGAGAUAGGGAGGAGGUAACACGGCAUCGACCGCGACUGUCAGAGACUAACAGAUUCAGUUUGAACAGAAAAUGGAUGUCACUAAACUGAAGUCAAAACUAGCCACUGAAGAAACCCCAUGUUUGCGACUUUGUUGUUUUUACUUUUCUUUGAAGAUGAUGAAGUAGAAUUUGUAGACUGAUGAAGGUGUAACAAUCACUUUAAUGCAACUGACCCUAAAAUGACCCAACGAUUAUAAGACGGUUUCAAAAGUGAACCUGCACAAACACAGGUUCAGUCUCUGACCGAUGCCUUUUCUUUCGUCGUUUCUCAAUGUCAUCUGCCUUUGAACAGCCUGCACGCAUGCCCCUCCCCCUUUCUCUGGUAGGCGGGGUUUCCCAGAGUGCUAUAAUCAUGUGCUGUCUAGCUGUGAAACAGUGACACAUUAAAAUAAGAAAGUGAGCAUUUCAGCAGCUGUCACGACCAGACAAGCCCUCAAGCAUUUAGACAGUUGUAAACUGUCCGAUCAGUCGACUUUACUAAUGUCUGUGAAUCCCAAACAAACGUUGCAGGUAUCUUAUCUCUGUGGGUCUAGAUAAGACCCAGCUUAUCUUAUAUAGGAUGUUUUGUUUCCAUGGCUGAAGCCAUUGAAUGGAACUGUUGUGGAACUGACGUGGACUCUCUCUAAGAGAGACGGGCACAAAAAAGGACUACAAUUUGUACGGAGGAAAAAAAAAAAGACUGAUUUUCUGUUUGGAUUUUUGGUUUGUUUUAUAUAUAAACUUGCAUUUGCUUCAGACAAAAAGGAGAUAUAAAAAAGGAACAAAAAAGUGUUUACAUACUAUUACCUAUACCACUAUUACCACGCCACCACCACCACUGGAAUGGACCAUCAUCUGAACGGAACCAACAGAAGAUUUGAGUUGUGUUUUUGUUUGUUUCUUACUGAUAUCUACGAUCUUUGGGUCAGUUCUAAAACCACUCCUCUUCAUCACACCUUGUCCCUCUACGAGGUCUAUAAAAUCGUACAGUUUCAGACUACAAUGACAAAAACAAUCGGCAGUGGAGCGUCAGGGAGGGGUGACGGCGGUGCCACGGCUCUUCAUAAUUCCGUGUGGAUGGACUGAUCCUGGACCACGUGGGCUCACUGGUCCUGUAAACACUGGUCCCUGUAAGCCCAGGAGUCGAUUACUUCUGCAAAAUGUGACUCAGCCUCAUAACGCAUAGACCUUGUGCUUUUAUUGGUCAAAGGUAGUAGUAUUGCUUGCAAUAUAAACAUGUUGUCAUGGCUUUGGGGGUGGGGGUGGGGGGGUUGCUGUGAGUAGUAACUAAUCGUUGCUUCUCUAUUCGUUUUUGCUUGUUUCUCCUUAAGGGGACAGUGCAUCGCCAUCAGUGACUUUAAUGAGUAACAGUAAUAGAUCAAAAUUUGAUGUGGAUGUUUUCUCAUUGAUUGUGGGUCUCUGUACUCUUUAAGAGGAGUUUUCUUUGUGUGUAUGUGUGUUUACAAGGGUGGGAAGGAAACUUUAAUCAUUUCAACGGACAGAACAGGAACUUUACACUGAGAGAAAGAAAGAGUUAACACCAUAUGCUACCGGUCUUUUCUUUUCAGAGACAAUUAAGACAAGCUGAUAAUGUCUUUCUGGGUUUCUCUUUUUUAUUUUGAAGGUUGAGAAAUUCCACUUAUCCGUACAUCAAUAUUAGUCUCAGAGAAAGUAAUUUAUGUACAGUGUUUCUACGGUAAAGAAUAAAAUCCUUGAAAUUA